GCCGCUCAGCACCAGUGUCUGAGAUGGAGACAUCAAGAGUCGCUCUCAUCGCUCUCGUGUGUGUUGUGUUCUCCGGUCAGAAGAGGAUCUCUGGAGCAGAAGUGGAGACGAGAGUCAGACAAGGAGACGACGUCACUCUCUACUCCGACUGUGUUGUGAAAGUUGGAUUUUAUGCGGUGUGGUUCAGAAACUGCUCAGAAAAGGAUCAUCCUCGUCUGAUGAUCUCAUAUUCAGAUUUGCUGCAUGGUCCUUUUCCACGUCACUCGUUUGUGUUUAAUGUCUCCACCAACGUACACGAUCUGCUGAUUAAGAACGUCACAGAAUCAGAUCAGGGCGUGUACUACUGCGCUGUGACGGAAAACAAUAUUACAAAGGAUAAAGGCGGCGUCAUAAUCAGCACUGAAGUGUUUCAUUAUGGAAACAGAUGGACUCGACUCUCUGUACUCGAAGAAGCUACAGUCUCUCCGAACACCCCGACCCCGUGUGUAUCAGAGUGGAGUGUUAGCUGGAAGCUGGUGUUGGGUGUGUGUGCUGUGUGUGUUCUCCUCUCCUCACUCCUCUCCUCCAUCUGUGUGUACUGCCUCUGCACAAACACCACUAAAGCAGAAGAGAAAGCUGAUCAGAGACGAAGUGGCAAAAGACAGAGUCAAAGAAGCGAUGAGGUUGGAGACGAGGUCUGUUACGCCUCGCUGGACAUCCAGAACCUCAAGAAGAAGAAGAAGAGGAAGAGGAGAGUUCAGCACUCUGAUUUCAGCACGUAUUCAGAGGUCAGGACCGACAGACAGUGAGGAGAGGUCGUGACUUCUGAAAGCUGUAUCACGUCAAAGUGCAUCCAUUAUUCUAUCGACUGUUUUUAUUGAUCAUGAUCAUGAAAUGCCUUUUCAGUAGAAUCACUGAUUUCAUCACAUCCUGUUCUUUAAUAGUCCAUUAAACGUAUAAAUCUGAAAUAAUUUGGGAUUUAUUGCAGUGAAGAAAAAUGAACAAAGCCGCACUCCAAGAAUGAAUGAAUCCAAAAUGGCGGCGUCUCUCAGAAAGGCUGCGUUUGAAUAAUAAAUAAAGAUAAAUAAAACGUUAUUUUCCGUCGUCAGUAAGAGACGUACACCACCAGCCGGUCGAGUCCAACAGCAUGUUUUACUGGAUUUGAUUUAUUUCGUGUGUGAAUAUUUUCUCACAGUUUAUCGCUUUAUUUAGUUAUUUAACGCGGCGUGGUCUAAUCCCUAACGUCUGCUCCGAGUUCAUUAUCUGUGGAUUCCUUCUAAACUGAUUGUACUUUCCUACUUACGUGCCUUCAUACGUGAAAUAGCUUCUUCUCACUGUUCCUGAUGUGAAAAUCACUCACUCAAUAAAUCCUCAGACGUGGUCAGAGUGAACGGGUCGCAUUUGCAGUUUGCGUAUUUCAUUUCCAUGUUCAUGUUUGAUACAGCGGUGUGUGUUUCUGUCCCGUCGGCCGGUUGUUUGCAGCUGCAG